AUGCCGCGCGGCUUCCUCGUCAAGCGCAGCCGGAGACCCGGCGGCUCCUACCGGGCACGCCCGCGGGAGCGGGACCCUGACCGGGACCCUCCGCCCACCCCGCCGCCGCCCCCGCCGCCCGCCGGCGGGGACAGCCCCGCCGCUAGACAGGGAGCGGAGGAGGAGAAGGGCGAGGAGGAGGAGGGAGCCGUCGCCGCUUGUCCCGCGACGUGGCCGCCCGGCGGCGGCUGUGGCGGCCCCGGGCUCACCCCGCCGGAGGCUCCGGCCGCCUGGGGGGCGACGGGGCCGUGCAGCGCGGCGGGGCCGCGGGCGGCUCUCUUCGAGCGGUGCCUCAGCUCCCCCGCCUCCGCCGAGUCCUUCCCCCUGGCCGCGUCCUUCCCGCCCGCCGAGAAGCUGCUGCUGCAGCCGCGCACGCCGCUGCCCGCCCCGCCGCUGCCGUCGGUGCCCGCGCUGAAGCGGCCGUCUCGGGCCAAGGCGCCGGCCAAGAAGGGCAAGGCCACGCGGAAGCUGAGCUUCGCCGACGAGGUGACCACUUCGCCCGUGCUGGGGCUGCGCAUCAAAGAGGAGGGGCCCGAGGGCCGGCCGGGGCCGCCGGCGGGGCGCACGCCGCUGGGCGAGUUCAUCUGCCAGCUGUGCAAAGAGCAGUACGCGGACCCGCUGGCGCUGGCCCAGCACCGCUGCUCCCGCAUCGUGCGCGUCGAGUACCGCUGCCCCGAGUGCCACAAGAUCUUCAGCUGUCCCGCCAACCUGGCCUCGCACCGCCGCUGGCACAAGCCGCGUCCCGGCCCCAGCGCCGAAGGCGCCGCCUCCGCCCCGCCGGGCAAGGAGAACAGCCCCGAGCGGCGGCCCCGCGGCCCCGCCGCGCCCCAGCCGCCGCCGGGAGCCCGCCCCGGCCCAGCUCACGGCGGCGCUCCCGGUCCGGGCGGCGGCCCCGGCGGGGAGGCGUUCGCCUGCCCCUGCUGCCAGAAGCGGUUCCGGCGGCAGGCGUACCUCCGCAAGCACCUGGGCACCCACGGGGCAGCGCGGCCUGCCGCCUUCGGCCCGCCGGAGCGCGGGCCCCUCACCUUCGCCUGCCACCUCUGCGGCGCCCGCUUCCCCUCGGCGGACAUCAGGGACAAGCACCGGCUGUGGCACGCCGUGCGGGAGGAGCUGCUGCUGCCGCCGCCGCCCGCCGGGGUCCCCGAGAGCGGCGCGGCGGGCGGCGAGCGGCAGGGCUUCCCCUGCAAGCACUGCCCCGCCACCUUCUUCAGCGCGCCCGGGCUGGCGCGGCACGCCAGCAAGUGCCACCCGCCGGAGAGCAGGCAGGUCCUGCUGCUCCAGGUGCCCGUCCGGCCGGGCUGCUAGGCCCGCGGCCGCCCCGCUGGGACUGCUCCGAGAGCCCGGGCUAGCCGAGCGAGCCCUGGCCACGCUGUAAUUCCUAUGGAAAGUCGCGGCUCUCACGGCUACGACGUCGGCGGAGCCGCCCGGUGACUCCCGGCCGGUGGGUAGCGAGGCGCCGGCACGGCGGCGCGUUCGGCCCACGGGCCGCGCUGCCCGCGGCGCCCAGGCCGAGCCCCGCCGUGCAGGGAGCGCCGCGCAGCUCCCCGGCCAUCGGCACGGCCCCGGGCCCGCGGCAGCAGGCGAGAAGCCCCGGCAGCAUCCGCCGGGAGGCGGGCAGCGCCGAGGCGUCGGGUGGCGGCCCACCGCCGGUACAUCUUCCGUAGCGACGGAGAGAAGUACGGCUGUAUAUAGGGUAUCUAAAGAGAGGAAUUAUUUUUCGUGAGAAAAGGAGCCUGAUCUAGUGACCUUGUUUUAAUAGCCUUAGCCCCCGAGCUUCAACAUUCGUGGUGUACUCUGUACUGAGGUAGCUGAGAAGGUAAAUGUUCAUAUUAAGUCAGUGUCAAGUCACAUAAUAGCUAGCAAAACGUAUGGGAAAUUAAUCGUGCUGUCUGCCUAAUUGAAAUUCGAGGUGUUGAUCUUCUGUAGCUAAGUGCGCAUCUCCUGCUUACUCUGUGUCUCUGUCCUCUAGCAACAGUGUGGUAGGCAAAACACGCGUGUCUGGCAGCUGCCCGUUCCCAAAGCUGCUCCGCUCCGUUAGUGGCUCGCUGGCGCGGCGCGGGCAGCAGCCGCACGGGCGGCUCGGCCCCAGCAGGCCGGCGGGGCUCGCCUCUUCAGGCGGCCUCCGGCCUCCCUCCCCUGCGAGCCGCGCCUUUGGUGUGAGCUCCUCCGAGUCUUGUGAACAGCUGAAACUAGGACGUGAAGCAGUCUUUGGACAUGUUGCUAAAGCGCAGGUGAUGGGCUACCUUCCUUCUCCCUAACGACACCUACCUUUAGCAAAGCAACCCGCGGUGUGUGUUCCCUGGCUUUGACAGUGCUCUGGCCAAAUGCUUUCAAAUGCUGUUGAAUUUACCAGCUACUGACACUUCAGCCAGUAUUUGUUUACUUAUUUUUUUCCAUGAGUGCUUGUUUCUAAAUGUGAUAGCAGAUGAGGCUAAAAAUAAGGGCAAGAAAAUUCAAUAAAAGAUUUAAAAGAAAGCUCAUGCCUUUCUUGAAUUCAGCAGGGCAAAGUGGGUCAGCUGGUGACUUCUAAAGAACCAAAUUGAUCCCAGUCGUAGUCUUUGUUCUAACACUUUCUCUGUCAUGAGCAUGUAAAAUAUUUCAAUCUUUCGAUUAGCAUCUCUAAAGCAAUUAUUUCUGUAGUUUUAUAUUUUGCUACACACAACAAAAGAUGUAUGAUGCCCAAAGGCUGCAAGCAAGCGAUAAGUACUUUAUGUUAAAUGUGCUUCACUGACUUUUGUCAUUUUAGUUCCAGAACCUGGACAAAUGAAUUAAUACAAUAUAACCUAAUGCAGCCAAAAUUUGCUUUCCAACAAAGGAGGCUAAACUUGCAACUCACUAAUAUGCCAAAAAUAAAGAAUGUUAAUUUAAGUUGUGCAUUUUUCUGUCGUUUGUUGGCAACAGAGACUUAAGUAAAAAUACCUGUUUAUGCAAUUAAAUGAGUUUGCCCCUGGAGAAAGUCACUAGUUUUGUUGUUUUUUUUUUUUUGUUUUUUUUUUUAAAUCAUAGUUCCUCUUUCUCUCCUUGUGUAGUCAAAGAUGACGGCUCCAGACCAUGCAAAUGUGGUGAUUAUUAACUGCUCCUACAAUUAGCACUUGAACGACCAGCCUGCCACAGGGAACAGCCUAUGCUUUGUAUCACCUGCAGAGCUACAUGCAAUGUAUUUACUAAAUCCAGGGAAAAGUUUUCAUUUGGGCGUUCUUGAGAACUUGUGUGUACUUU